GUGAUGAACAUGCGGCCACUGAAACGGCCCCGACUAGGGCCGCCGGAUGUGUAUCCGCAAGAGGCGAAGCAGCGGGAGGACGAGCUGACGUCAAUACACGUCAAGCAUGGUUUCGCGACGGAGCACAAGCUGUCGGAAGAAUUCGGCACGGCCCGGAACUGCAACGUGUCGGCGAGCAAAGUAGGGGCCUACUUUAACGCGAUCCUCGCCAAAAAGGAAGAGCUGAUGACGCUACCGGACUCCGGGCGGAAGAAGCAACAGAUCAACCCGAAGGACAACUUCUGGCCCGUCACUGCUCGCAACAAGACGACGCUGGACACCUGGUUCAAAGAUCUGGCUGGCACGAAACCGCUGAGCAGCCUCGCCAAGAAGGCACCGUCUUUCAACAAGAAGGAAGAAAUCUUUGCGAUGCUGUGCGAGAACCAGGUCACCAUGCAACGGGCCGCCUGGUUCAUCAAGCUCAGUUCGGCCUACACGGUGGCGGUGUCGGAGGCCAAGAUCAAGAAGCGCCAAAUGCCCGACCCGGCCACCGAGUGGACGGGCACGAUGAUUAAGUUCAUGAAGGAUCUGGUGCCGAAGCUUCACGAGCACUACCACCAGGGGCCGUUGCAGGAGAAACCUUCGUCCGGUUCGACCGGCUCUGGCGUUGGGCUAGGGAGCAGUUCAGGAGGCGGCGGAGGCUCGGUCCUUGGAAUCGGCGGACCGUCGGGACAAUCAGCGACUAUUCCGCCGCCCCUGUCAAGUCCCGCUGGCACCAUGCACAGUCCGGCCGGUGGCAAUUCCGUCGGUGGGGCCGGGGGCGUAGGGAGUGGUGUUGGGGGUUCCGGAGGGCCAAUGCACCCCCAGCAGCAGCAGCAGCAGCAGCAGCAGCAGCAGCAACUUCAGCAGCCCCUUUCGCCCCAGGAAGAGCAACGGUUGGCGCAGAAGCAGUGGAACUACUCGACGCAGCUUUGCAAGUACAUGUACGAGGAGGGUCUGCUGGACAAACAGGAGUUCCUUAACUGGAUUAUCGAUAUGCUGGAGAAAAUGAAAUCGUCCCCGAAUGCCGACGAUGGGUUGCUGCGAAUCUACCUGCCACUGGCCAUGCAGUAUCUGCACGAUUUCGUACAAUCAGAGCGCUUCUGUCGCCGUCUCGCGUACGCUGUCUCGAAAAAGCUUGCCCAGCUGAUCAACCAAAUGGCCGACACCCACAACGUGAGUCUGAGCCCGGAGCAGGAUAGCGGUGGCAAGGGAGAGGACACGGUGGCGGCGAAGGAUGGAAAGGGCUUCGACAAACAGUCGAAAGAGGGAACGCUGGCCGCCCGGAAAGCCAACCCUUACGAAAUGAUUUUUACCGAGUUCCUUCACUGUUCCCACCAUCGGGACGUGGUUCUGCAAUUGGCAUGCAUCCUGCAAGUCAUCACGCUCGAGUGUCCCACGGCGCUCGUGUGGUGUGGCGUCGGUGAAACACGCGCCUCGUCGGUGCUCUCGGGUAGCCCACUCGAUCACCUUGCCGUGGCACCGUCGGGACUGCCGAUGCCGGAGCGGUACAACGGACGGACGAAUGAAGACAUCCGCCGGCAGCUGUUCGAAGCGGAAGAGAGCAUAAAGAUUCGCUCGCGGCACGCCGAAUCGCGGUGGUGCAUCGACAAGUGGCAAACGGCGGCCGGAAACGCGAGUCUCAAAAUAUUAGCCACCCUGGACGCACUCGAUGGCCACUGCUUCGAUCGGAUGGACUCGAACAAUUCGCUCGAUUCGCUGUACCAGAAAAUAUUCCCACCGUUUCAAGUGCAACCCAUCAAACCUCAGACCGGGGACAGCGGGACAGGCAGUGGGCACAGUAGUUCGUCGUUGCUGCCAGGAAUGGGCCCAUCCGUUGCCAAUGGGACCGCCAGCGAUGGAAAGGAUGCGGCCACGAAGCAGUUCGAAUAUAACGUUGAACAGGACGCGUCGAUCGUGAAAAUUCUGUGCGAGUGGGCCGUAUCGUGGCAGCGUUGGGGCGAGCACCGGGCCAUGGUGGUCGCCUGGCUGCUGGACAAGCGCCAGAACGAGGUGUUCACGGCGCUCGAGAACGACAGCUACAGUAAUAAUGCGCUGAACAAUUCGGACGACAAGGACUCCGUGCUUUCCGGGAGCGGCCUCAACGGGGGUCAGCCGGUGUUUCAGCACAUCCUGAUGCACUUUCUCGACCACGAUGCGCCUGUGCAGGAGGAAAGCGGUGGCCUGCAGAACAAAUCGCAGUUCACCAACCUGGUGCACCUAUUCAGCGAGUUGAUCCGGCACGACGUGUUUUCGCACGACGCCUACAUGUGCUGCCUGAUCUCCCGUGGCGAUCUGCUGACCGGAUCCGGUGGAAUGAUGUCGCUCGACAGCCACGGCAUCUGCAACGCAGGUGGCGGCGGUGGUGGUCUGGGCACCGGGCCGAUUUCGAACAAACCGGGCACAACUUCGUCGCCAAACGGUGGCCUGGACGACGAUGUGCUGCAGACGGACUUUAAGGCGAAGUUGGAAGAUUUGGACGAUUCUAACGUCGAUGACGAUCUCGACAAGCUGCUACAGCACAUCAAGGAGGACCAGCAGAACUCGAUGGACGCUCCCGACAGCCCCAAGGAUCCCGAGCAGGCUGCCCCGUCUGUCACCGGCUUGGGGAAAACGGAAUCACCCAGCCGACACUUUCUGUACACGGAACACUUUCCGCUCUGCCAGGACGAUCCGAUUUCGCAGCACGACUGCAACCAGCGGUACAUCCUGCUGUACGGUGUGGGCAAGGAGCGCGACGAGAAGAAGCACGCCGUGAAGAAGAUGUCGAAGGAGAUCUGCAAGCUGUUUUCCAAAAAGUUCAGCAUCGAUGUGGCCGAGGGCGGCAAGGUGAAGAAGCACUCGCGUAGCGAGUUCAACUUCGAGGCCACCUCGAACAAGUGCCAGGCGAUGUCGUACUUCGAUCAGCACCUCGUGACGGGCCAGUGCGCGAUGCAGGUGCAGGAGAUGCUCAACAGCUUCGCGAUCGGCAACAGCAACUACCUGCCGGUUCAGGAGCACGUCGCGUUCCUGUUCGAUCUGAUGGAGUCGGCGUUUAACAUCUACGGCCUGAUCGAUACGUGUAUUCAGAUUUUACGCGAACUGCCGGAGGUGGAGCAGCAGCUGAUUGGCAAGAGUUCGCUGGCCCUGGUCCGGAGCUACACCACCUCGCUCAGCCUGUACGUCGUGGGGGUGCUGCGAAGGUAUCACUGUUGCUUGCUGCUAUCGCAGGAACAGACGACGGCCAUCUUCGAGGGCCUGUGCCGGAUCGUGAAACACGUGAGCAACCCGAGCGACUGCAGUUCGGCCGAGCGGUGCAUUUUGGCGUACCUGUACGAUCUCUAUUCGGCUUGCUCGUCGCUCAAGGCACGCCCGCAGCAGGAACCGUUUCACAAUGCGUACCCAAAGAUCAAGCAAGCCCUCUACACACCGCUGCAACCGAGUCCCUCGGCGCACACGUACAAUCCGCAGUUCAUGAUCGACAUCAUCACGAGUCCACGGCGUGGUGGCAAAAUUGAGGCCGGCUGGGCCCGGCAACUGAACGAAUCCGCCUCCAAUCGGUACAGCUUUGUGUGCAACGCCGUCGUGGCCGUGACGCGGGACAUCGACAACGACUGUCUGAACGAUAUAGCGGCGAUGUGUGCCGAACUCACGGCCUGCUGCAAUUCGCUCAGUACCGAGUGGCUGGGUGUGCUGAUCGCUCUGUGCGGUUCGAACCGGGAAGCGGGUUACUAUGUGGACGUGCUGAGCCAGGUGGACGUGCAGAACACCAACAUUCACAAUGCGCUGUCGGUGUUCACCAGCAUUCUUGUGGCGCGCCACUGCUUUUCGCUGGAAACGUUCGUCACUCACGUGGCCCUUCCGUCGUUGGUGAAGGCCUGCAAUGGGCGCGCCGAAACGACGCCGGAAAUCGAAGCCGGUGCCCGACUGUCGUGCCAUCUGCUGCUGCGACUGUUCCGUACGAUCGAGUGUCCCCAGCCGGGACUCUACUCGGUGAGCACAUCACCGAACCCGAUCACGGUGGUGGGGAACACGCACAACAUUAAACUGAGUUGCGAUCGUCAUCUGCUGGCGGCUGCACACAAAAACAUUGGCGUAGCGCCCGUGGUGGCGGUCCUCAAGGGAAUACUGGUGGUCGGCGAUGCGACGGCGCACAAAGUUUCGUCGAUUUUUGGCACGGGAAAGCGCAGUGGCCUCAACACGCCCGUCCACCCGGGCAGUACACCGAAGAGCAUGACGGGCUCGGGCGACCUCAGUCACAUUCUCGGCACGAGCGACCUCUCGAUUCUGGGCAAUCCGGACGAGCCGAUGCUAGACGUUUCGAUGAUCGAACUGGGGGAACUCUCUCCAACAGCGUCUUCCUCUGCUCGAUUGUACCCUAGCAGGUGUGCGAAUGGUUUGCGGUUUGAGCAACAGAACUCGCAUCUCAAUCAGGAGAGUGCAACCAGCCUUUCGGACUUUGCACAGCACGUGCUGCGUCAGAUCUGCUCACAGGAAUGGGUACUCGAACGGUGCCUGCAAAAUGCCGAACAGCUGUGUGACAAGGGCAUACUGAUCGACAACAUGCUGACGGCCAAGCAGGCCCAACGGUUACUACACAUGGUUUGCUAUCCGGAGCACGAGUCCAACCUGAUCGCCGAGCUCGAUCAGAAAGCGAUCAUCGUGCGCAUUCUGGAGAACCUCGAGCAGUGGUCACUCCGCAUCUCGUGGCUCGAUCUGCAGCUGAUGUUUAAGCAAACGAACUGCAGUUCGCCGGAAUUGUCCAACUGGCUUGACAUGGUGGCACGAGCCGCAAUCGAUGUGUUCCGUGUGAACGAGUUUUGCCUGAUGAGUGGUGGCGGUCCGGACGCGAAACUGGAGAAGGUGAAACCAUCGACGUGGCUUGUGGCUCCGCUCGUGUCGAAGCUGCCGAGUGCCGUGCAGGGCCGCAUACUGAAGGUUUCCGGACAGGUGCUGGAGAGCACGAGCAUGUUCAGCAAGCACAAGGACGGGAACGGUGGGAACGGCAGCAGCAAUAACAACAGCCACAGUCACGGGGCCAACAGUAACAGUUCGGUUAGCUCGAACGGAAGCACGUUCGCCAGCAAGCAGUCGGCCCAGCUGAACCAUCAGCCCUUUCUGGGGCUGGUGUUGACUUGCUUGAAAGGACAGGACGAGCAGAAGGAAGGGCUGCUGCAGUCGCUCUACGCACAACUUUCCCAGUUCCUACAGAACCGUGAUCAAAGUCUCGAAACCGUGGGAGGUAUCGAGGAUCCGUGCGGGUUCGAAAAGAUGCUGGACGCGCUGCAGUUACGCUACUCCCUGGUUGGCGGACUGUUUGAUGCGAUCAUGAAAAAUGCCACCUCCACCACGGAUUGGGCGAUACUGUUCGCGCAGCUGAUCAGCCAGGGUGUGAUCGACCUGAGCAAUAAUUCUGAGCUGUUUACGACGACGCUGGACAUGUUGGCCACCCUGAUCCAUUCGACGCUGGUGAGCGACAGCCAGACGGAGCGGGACGAGAACAAGAAGCUGUACACGAAUCUCAUGAAGAAGCUGCGCAAAGAGCUGGGCGAUAAGAAUGGGGCCUCGAUUAAGUACGUGCGCCAGUUGCUGCCGCUGGCAAAGCAAACGUGCGAGGUUAUAGCCUGCGAACCGGCAGGUUCGUCGACGGAUGCGAAAGGCAACAAAAUCAACAUCGACAGCAUUGAGAAGAAGCACGGACUGCGCCUGGCCGACAAGCAGCGUGUCAGUGUGUGGGACCUACUGGAGGGUCACAAAAACCCUGCCCCACUGUCUUGGGCCUGGUUUGGCGCGGUGAAGAUCGAGCGUAAGCCUCUGGCGUACGAAGAAACGCACCGUUUGCUGAAAUACCACACGCACAGUCUGUUCAAGCCAAGCAGCUACUUCUAUGAACCGCUUCCGUUGCCUCCGGAAGAGCUCGAUCCCUUGCCGGACAAGCUGAAGGACGAAAUGAAGGCCGACACGCCGUCGUCCGAUCAAUCGCCCGCGCCGAGCACGAGCUCGAAGAAGCCAAAGGCGACUCGCAAGCGUAAACCGAAGGCUGCAACAGCCGCUAAUCAGGCGCAGCAAAGCCAACCACAACAGCAGCAGCCCGUCCUGCCCGCAUUGGCCCCGGCCACCGGACCGCAGCAGAUGCAGCAAAUGCAGCAGCAACAGCAACUGCAACAACAGCAGCAACAACAGCAGACCCUCCAGCAGCAGCAGCAUCUGCAGCAGCAACAACAACUGCACUUGCAACAGCAGCAACAGCAAAUGCAACAACAACAAAUGCAGCACCAGCUGCAACAACAGCAGCAACAGCAGCAGCAACAGCUUCAGCAGCAGCAGCAGCAGCAACAAAAUCAGUUGCUAAUGCAGCAGCAACAGCAGUCCAAUCUUCAGCAGCAACAACAACAACAUGGACCUCAGCAACAGGUAGGCAUAACCGUCGACCCAGCCCCACACACUCUCUCUUGUCUCCCCCAAACGCUACAACAGAUACAGAACAACGGACUGGGCGGAAUGCAAAUGGGUGGCCCGAUGAACCCGAUGAACCAGCAGCACAUGCAGCAACAGUACGGUCAGCCGAACCCUGGCCAGAUGGUUGGCCAAACCGGUAUCGGUGGAAUGCAGCCGUCUAUGGGAGGCCUGGGCCCCGGUGGUAUGGGUGGUGGGCUGAUGAACCAACAGCAACAGCAACAACAGCAGCAACCGCAGCAACCUCAGCAACAACAGCAAGGGCAACAGGGGCCACAACAGCAACAGCAAGGCAAUUCAAACAUGGGCUUCGUAGGCAACCCGAUGGGACCUAUGGGUCAGCAGGGUAGUGGCGCCCAGCAAUGGGGAGGUUACAAUCCCCUGCAGCAACAGCAGCAACAACAGCAACAACAACCUCAACAACAGCAGGCACAACAGCAGUCUCAGUCGCAACAGCAAUCGCAGCAACAGUCCCAGCAACAAGCGCAACAGGGUGGCCCUCAGCAAGGAUCGCAGCAAUCCGCUCAGCAACAGUUGCAACAGCAGCAGCAGCAACAACAGCAGCAGCAAAUGUUCUACAGCGGCAUGGGCCAGGGGCCAAUUAAUCGCUACGAUCGGCCACAACUGAACAACUCGAAGCAAGCCCUCUCGAACAUGCUGCGCUCGAAGCUACCGAUGAGUGGGCCUCACCCGGGCAGCUUCUUGCAGCAACAGCAGCAGCAACAAGCGCAGCGGAACCCGCAGCAACCGUUCAUCCGGGGACCACUGCGUGCCGGUAUUCCGGGCAACCCAGGUGUCGUGGGCAACCAGGGUGGCAUGGGCCCGGGCGCAAUGAAUCCGGCCAUGGCCGGUGCUGGUGGCGGUGGUCUAGGAACGGCCGGUGGCGGUGGUCCGGUAAUGGGUGGUCAGCAGGGUAUGGCCGCUGCGGCCAUGAUGGGUGUGCAGCAAGGUGGGCCCGGCCAGCAGGGACCCGCGACUGGGAUGAUGGGUCAGAACGCUGGCAUGAUGGGAGCAUCCGGUGGACCCUCGAUCAUGGGUCAAUCGGGAGGCAGCAUGAUUCAAACGAGUAUGUUGAGCCAACAGAACCCCGCCUUAGUUGGGCAGGGUAUGGGGGGUGGUGGUGGUGGCGCCGGAAUCGGCACUGGUGGGGGCGGAAUGGCCGCAGGCUCCGGAAUGGGCGGCAAUGCUGGCGGAAUGGUCAGCGGGUCGGCGGGAGCAAUGGGCACCAGUGGCGGAAUGGUCACCUCGGGCGGUAUGGUUAGUGGCGGGAUGGGUGGUGGUGGCGGGAUCAGUGCCCCGGCCAUGGGCACCGGGCAAGGUACGAUGGGCAAUAGCGGGAUGGGCAAUACGGGCGGUGGUAUGGGCAACCCAUCGAUGGGCAAUCCGGGCAUGGGCAUGGCCGGUAUGCAGCAGGCGGGCAACAUGCAGGGUGGCAUGUUUCAGGCACAGAGCGUGCCCUACCAGAAUGUCGGCCAAAACUAUCCCAACUACGGAAACCAGGGAAUGGGCCAGCAGGGCGGUCAGGGUGGUAUGAUGGGCAACUUCAAUCAGAUGGCCCAGCAGCAGCGCAACACGCAGGCCGAAUUCCUCGCCCAACAGCGAGCGAUGGCGGCUGGACGGGGCUACGGACAGCACGCACCGAACGUAACGAUGGGCAACAUGGGCGUUAAUCAGGGCGCGGUUCCACCGUACCCGCGGCAGGGUGGCAAACCGGGCGUCGGCGGAAAUAUGCCCCAAAACCAGCAACAGUUUCAGCAACAGCAGCGGUUGCGCUUGAUGAUGCAGCAGCAUACAGGAAUGGGCCAGGGAGGGAACGCGCAGGGUUUGAUUCAGAAUCAGGGACAGGGCAUGAGCACGCAACAGACUCCGAAUCUCGUGGCUCAGCUGCAGCGAUCGAUGCCCAACCAGAACAACAUGAUGGGACAGCAGUAUCCGCACCAACCACCGCAGUAUUAGGAGCACACGGUACAAGGAUGUGGCGGCAACGAACGAUGAAAGACAAAUGCUAUGUUAAUAUAUUUAUUACCACUGUGACUUAGCAGAAACAUUUAUACAACAAAACUAGCGGAAUAAGCUCA